AGGAAAGACCCCCCCUCUCAGCUUCACCCUUUACCUGUCUCAGAAACAACAGCCCAUUUUAACCACAGAUUUCACCUGGGCCACAGGCCACCAUGGAUAUGCACCCUGAUGCCCCUGGGGGUCAAAAGAAAACAGUGGAGAACGGCAUGAGAGGCGACAGCCCAGGAGCCCAGCAAGACUCUGUGAUGAGGACAGAUUCAUCGGAGAUGACUGAUGUGGAAUCCGUGAUCAGCAGCUUCGCGUCUUCAGCAAGGGCGGGCCGCCGCAAUGCCUUACCCGACAUCCAGAGUUCACUGGCUACAGGUGGAUCCCCUGAUCUUGCACUGAAACUGGAGGCAUUGGCUGUGAAGGAAGAUGCAAAAAUGAAGAAUGAAGAGAAAGACCAAGGCCAACCGAAAAAGCCUCUAGACAAAGACAAAUAAAGGCUUAGACUUUAUCAAGGGUGUUGAUUUUAUGCGCAUUGAGAGACAUAGCUAUGCAUUCCUGGGGUGUUUGAUCUGGUAGUAACCAUGGUAACCCAUGGUAACCUCUGUGUGUGUGUGUGUGUUUUCAGUAAUUUUGUUAUGAUGCUAUCCUUAAACUUGUUAUGAUGCUAUCCUUAAACUGCAGCUAUGAUACUGAAAUAGAAUAUUAAAAGUUAUUACCUUCAAAUUGCACCCAAGGAAGGACACACUGUUUAUAUCCCAACAAUAUCCUAUCUGUCUAUCUCGGGAUUUACUUAGUCAGAUAUAUGUUUAAUUCUGUCUUAACAAGUUAGAACCUUUUUCUUGGUAUGUAUAAAUGGAUACCUAUUAAUUUAAUACUUUGUAGAAUUUGUAGGAAAUUAUAUUUUUGGUGAGAUAGAAUUAGUAGUAAAAAAAUCACUCUUAUAAAAUGUGUUUAUUUUUCAUUAAAAUUGCACCAUAUUUCCUGCAAAAUAUUAGGAGAGAUCUGGAAAUAUUGUAAAAGUUGUAACAACUUAAACAUCUCUAUGAUGUUUUUGUCUAAUGUAUUUUGCAUCUAGUCUGGAUGUAUUGUGAUUUUUCAUAUGGACCCACAUAACAUAAAAUUUGUGACAAACUUGCUUAUAUGAAACAUGUGUAUUGAAUAAAUCUCACUAUAUUCCUUAA